AACACGUGUGUAAAAAAUAAAACGCCCGGUUAUGUUACUGAAAUUUCAGAGCAGCUCUCACAGACUUGCCAGGGGAACAGCUUUUUCAAAAUUGUUAAGGAUGGCAUUCAUCAGGAAGUUUCUUCAGAAAAUUAGUGAUGAUGACAGCAGCAAGGGUUAUAAAGGUGGUCCUGAGGAGACGGCAUACUUUGGAACAGUCAAGGCUGAUCCAAACUUUAAUGCCCAAAAUGAUGCUGCAACAUUGAAGAAAGCCAUUGAGACCAAAGGUGUGGAUGAAGCCACUAUUGUGGAGGUGCUAGCAAAGAGAAGCAAUGCACAAAGACAACAGAUCAAAGAAGCUUAUCAGCAAAGUACAGGAAAUCCUCUGGCAGAUGCACUGAACAAGGCUCUGAAAUCAGAUUUUGAGGAAGUGGUCCUGGCCUUGCUGAUGACACCUCCUGAAUAUGAUGCUUUUCAAAUAAAAAGAGCCAUGAAGGGUCUUGGGACAAAAGAGGUUGUCUUAAGUGAAAUUCUAGGGACCAGAUCAAACAAGGAGAUCACAGCGAUGAAAACUGCUUUUAAAGGAGUCUAUAAAGAGCCCCUGGAGGAAAAAAUUAAAGGUGAAGUUAGUGGAGAUCUCGAGACCACCCUGCUUGCCCUUUGCAAGGCUACCAGGAGUGAAGACUCUAAAAUUGAUGAUGGGCUUGCAAAGAGUGAUGCAAAGGCCUUGUUUGAUGCGGGGGAGAAUAAGGUUGGUACUGUUUGCUCUGUCCUAAUUGAUGUCCUCACAUCAAGAAGUGAAGCUCAGUUGUGCAAAAUUUUCCAGUAUUAUGGCAAAUACAGCCAGCAGGGUUUGGCCAAAGCACUGGAGAGUGAGCUGCAUGGAGAUCUUGAAGACUGUCUGAUGACCCUGGUGAAGUCUGCUUGGAACAAACCUGCCUUCUUUGCAGAAAAACUCCACCUGGCUAUGAAGGGGUUAGGAACCAAUACUCAUACACUGACUAGAAUCAUUGUGAGCCGUUCAGAAAUUGACCUGCUGAAAAUCAUUCAAGAAUAUAAGAGGAUGUAUGGCAAAACCCUUCAGGAGGCUAUUCUGAAGGAAACAGGUGGAGAUUAUGAGAAGAUUCUGCUGGCUCUCUGUGGCACUCAAUAAUGAUCUCUUAUAUGUCUGAAUUAUGAGAAAAACAUGAAAAACAGAUUCAUUACAUGGUUAUGUUAACUACAAAUGUCAACUGUUCAACUUAAAUAUAAAAAAAUGUCUGUCAUUAUGCUCAUGCUGCAUACUAGUAGUAGUAAUUCAAGUGUUUAUUACAAUUAAAUGGCAACCGUGUAUUAGUAUUAUUGUAAUAAAUCCCUUUGUAAAUCGUG